AUGGGCAAUUCGCAGGCUUCGCCGGCGUCCGCCUCCAGCUCCCGCUUCGUCAUGGCGUCGAGGGCCUUCUCGAAGCAGGAGCUGGACGGCCUCCGCGGCUUAUUCACCUCCCUCGCAGCGCAGUCGCAGACCAGCGGCCGCGCCAUCUCACGCCCCGUCUUCCCCGAAUACUAUGGGGUGCGGGGGCCAUUAGGCGACAGGCUGUUCCAUCUGGUGGUGAAGGAGAGUGGCGGGAGCGAUGGGGUCACGUUCGAGGAUUUGAUCAUCUCCAAAGCAACAUAUGGAAGGGGAACUCGAGAUGAGGUUGAUGAAUUCAUUUAUCAACUGUGUGAUGUCACAGGAGAUGGUGCCUUAACAAGGUCUGAUUUGGAAUCUGUGUUGGCAUCCGUUCAUGAAACUGUAUUUGCAGCAAAGAAGGAAGUUGGCGAAGGUUCCGACAGCAGGCCAUUUGAAGCAUUCCUCAGCUCUGCAGUAUUUUCAAAGGAUGCUGAAGGGGUCUGUCUUAUUCUUGCCAUUCUGUUAGUAUUCCUAAGCAGCAUUUCCAUCAUUUUUGAAACAAAAUUAUCAGACCCAUCUGAUAUUGUAGGAGUUGGGCUGAUAUUUUUCGUCAGACCAGGGUUUGAAGUACCACUGCUUCAUUAUCCUGAAAACAUCUCCACUGAUUUGCUGCUUCUAAAUAAAGAGUAUGCCUGGCAUAUUGGAGGAGGCUUUUCCCAACAUGAGGUGCAAGAGUGGAAGCUUUUAUAUCACAGUUCUCUUCAUGGACAAAGCUUCAACACUUUCUUAGGCAAAGUAACGAAUGGAGAUGCUCAGACUGUUCUGAUUGUUAAAGAUCCUGAAGGAUCAAUUUAUGGUGGAUAUGCAUCACAGCCUUGGGAAAGACACAGUGAUUUUUAUGGUGAUAUGAAGACAUUCCUCUUCAAAUUAUAUCCUCAAGCAUCCAUUUUCUGCCCUACUGGAGCAAACAAGAAUUUGCAAUGGUGUGCUAUAAACUUCAGCUCUGAGAACAUACCCAAUGGUAUUGGAUUUGGAGGGCAGCCACAUCAUUUUGGACUCUUUUUAUCUGCAAAUUUCGAUCAAGGGCACUCAUUUACUUGUAGCACGUUUACCAGCCCUCCCCUUUCCAAGACAAAUAGGUUCAGGCCAGAAGUUAUUGAAUGUUGGGGUAUACAAAUGAGAGGAGCACAAGAUGAAAAACUGGAGCUAGUCAAGGGGACAGUCCUCGAGAGAUUCAAGGAGGACCGGAACAUGCUGAAGAUGGUUGGUUUGGCAAAUGCAAGUGAUUAA